AUGGGCUGUCUGGGAGGGAAGACGGAGGAAGAACGACUGGAUGAAAAAGCGAAGAGAGAAGCGAACAAGAAGAUUGAGAGACAGCUGCAGAAAGAAAGACAGGCUUAUAAAGCUACACACAGACUGUUACUGCUGGGUGCAGGAGAAUCAGGUAAAAGCACCAUAGUGAAGCAGAUGAGGAUUCUUCAUGUGGACGGCUUCAACGCUGAUUCAGACAAGCAGCAGAAGAUUCAGGACAUCAGGAAAAAUGUGAAGGACGCCAUCGUGACCAUCGUGUCGGCUAUGAGUAUGUUGACUCCACCCAUUCCUAUCGGUAACCCUGGAAACCAGUUCAGAGUCGACUACAUCAAGAGCAUUGCACCACUGUCUGACUUUGAAUACACUGAGGAGUUCUUUGAACAUGCUCAGAAGCUGUGGGAAGAUGACGGCGUGAAGGCGUGUUUCGAACGCUCCAAUGAAUAUCAGCUGAUCGACUGUGCUCAGUACUUCCUGGACAGGUUGGACUCAGUUAGGAGGACGGAUUACACACCUAAUGACCAGGAUUUGUUGCGUUGCAGAGUUUUGACUUCAGGGAUUUUUGAAACCAGGUUCCAAGUGGACAAAGUCAACUUCCAUAUGUUUGAUGUAGGAGGACAGAGGGACGAGCGCAGGAAGUGGAUCCAGUGCUUCAACGAUGUGACGGCCAUCAUCUUCGUUGCAGCCAGCAGCAGCUACAACAUGGUGAUCAGAGAGGACAACUCCACCAACCGGCUUCGAGAGUCCCUAGACCUCUUCAGAUCCAUCUGGACCAACAGGUUUCUGAAGACCAUCUCAGUGAUCUUGUUCCUAAACAAACAGGAUGUGCUGGCUGACAAGAUUCUGGCUGGAAAAUCUAAACUGGAGGAUUAUUUCCCAGAAUACAACAACUACCAGGUCCCUGUUGAUGCUAUUCCAGAUGCUGAUGAAGACCCCAGAGUGACCCAAGCCAAGUUCUUCAUCAGGGACGAGUUUCUGAGGAUCAGCACAGCGAGCGGUGAUGGGAAACAUUACUGUUAUCCUCACUUCACCUGCGCCAUUGACACCGAGAACAUUCGCCGCGUCUUCAACGACUGCCGUGACAUCAUCCAGCGCAUGCACCUGCGGCAGUACGAGCUGCUCUGA